AUGGGGCCUGCAGCGCCCGCUGACGGCGGCGCUGCUGCCGACCGUGCUGAGCCCGGUCCCUCGCGCGGCCGCGAGCGGCUGCCGGAGGCUGGCUAUCUCAUCUUUGGCGACUCGUUCAGCCGCAUCUUUAGCCUCGUCCGCCACGUCGAGAUUGGCAUCAAGCCGUACAAGGGCGGCAGUGCCAAGGGGCUCACCAAGCCCGGCAACACAAACCGCGCGGACAUCGCCAAGACGCUUGCGCAGCGGCCGGGCACUCACACGGCCGUCUUCGUCUUUGGGAGCGUCGAUGUGCACAUGUCGUACUACUAUUGCAAGUACGGCCGCGAGCCGCCCGAGGAGAUUGACCUCGAGGCAAUCGCACGCGCCUACGUCGCCUUUGUCGCCGGUCUGCCCGGGCCGGCACAGAGGCUCGUCGUCGGCGCAUACCCGUCCAGCCUGAUCGAGGCGGAGAGCGUGCCGAAGAGCGUGGCCGCGUACGGCGUGCUGAGCGAGGCGCAGGCGGCGAGGGUGGACCUCGCCGACUGCUCGCUCGCGGCGCGGCAGGGCCGCACGCGCGCCUUCAACGCAGCCCUGCGCGCCGCCUGCGCGGAGCACGCUGCGGUCGACUUUGUCGACAUUUGCGACGAGCUGCUCGACCCGGCGACGCUGCAGCUGCGGCCGGCCUACCUCGACAUCUCGACUUGCAACAUCCACGUCGUCUGGGAGACGACCAUUCUGCUCUGGCUGCAGCGGCGCCGAGCGCGCGAGAGGACCGCCCUCGCCUCGGAGCCUUGUCGGAGCCUUGGCGCGGGCCCUUCCUGUAGGCUGCCGUGGCUGCGCGAGAGGACCGACUCGCGCUUCGAGAGCCGGAUGAGGCGGAGCCUGAGCCGGUAUCUGAGGGACAAGGAGCUCGAGAUGGCGGCCAAGGGCAUCGCGAUCACCAGAUUGUGUUAUUUCUCGAUAUACUACAACAGGAGCGACUCGGGCGGCGCGUUCGAGUCUCCGUGCAUUGAUGAGACCAGUCUGAGCACAAGAGUCUGA